AUGAGGUUGUCCACUGUUCUUUAUAACAAUUACUUAUAUUUGACAAAACAUGUACUAAAACAAAAUCCGCAUGCAGAAAACGGAGAAGAGGCGGGAGAAGAUGAAGCAGCAAGGCUCAAUCAAGAUUCUAUAAAGUUAGAGUUUGAAUCAAGUAUGGCUGAAUGCGGUGGCGAUAAUCGGGAAAAAGGCGAAGAUGAACCAGCGAGGCUGGAGCAAAGUGAACGGGAAAGGAUCGACGAUGAACUGGAGAGGCGGAAUCAAGAUAUGAUAAACUUAGAGGCUGAGUCAACGUAUGAUGUGUUCCUGAGUUCAGGAAUCGAUAGUUGUGCAUUCGCCGAUAGCCUCUAUCACUGCUUGAAAGCCGACGGAAUUCGUGUUUUCAGAGAUGGUGAGCUUCCGCUAUCCGUCUACAGCUCCAGGAUCUACAUACCUAUCUUUUCUGUGAACUACCCUUUCAGCACUCGGUGCCUUGACGCACUCGAACUCAUGGUAGAACACACUUCUAGAUCAGGUGGGAAGAAAGAGAUCCUACCCGUUCUCUACGAUGUGGAGUGGUCUGAUGUGAAUAUGGAAAAAAAAUCACUCUACGGAGACGCCCUGGACUCGCACAGGUUGUGGUUUGGCGCUGAGAAAGUCGAGAAGUGGGAGAAGGCUCUUGCGGAGGCUGGUAAAGUCAAGGGAUGGGAACGAUGUUCAUAUAAAGGUGAAAGGGAACUUAUCACAACAAUUGUUGGAGAAAUUUCGCCUAAGCUGAAGAUAGAGCACAAUUAUGCGCCUGAAGAUCUAUCCACCAGUGCUGAGGCACUCAAAAUCGAUAUAGAGCAUGAAGAUCUAUUCACUGGUGCUGAGGCACUCAAAACUGAUAUAGAGCAUGAAGAUCUAUUCACUGGUGCUGGACCACUCAAAGCCAACAUAGAGCAUAAAUAUGCGCCUGAAGAUCUAUUCACUGAUGCUGAGUCACUCAAAAUUGAUAUUGAGUUACUCAAAACUGAUAUAGAGCAUGAAGAUCUAUUCACUGGUGCUGGACCACUCAAAGCCAACAUAGAGCAUAAAUAUGCGCCUGAAGAUCUAUUCACUGAUGCUGAGUCACUCAAAACUGAUAUUGAGUCACUCAAAACUGAUAUAGAGCAUGAGGUUCUAUUCACUGGUGCUGGACCACUCAAAGCCAACAUAGAGCAUAAAUAUGCGCCUGAAGAUCUAUUCAUCGGUGCUGAGCCACUCAAAACCGAUAUAGUGCAUGAAGGUCUAUUCACUGGUGCUGGUCCACUCAAAGCCAACAUAGAGCAUAGCUAUGCAACUGAAGAUCUAUCCACCAGUGCUGGGCCACUCAAAACCGAUAUAGAGCAUGAAGAUCUAUUCACUGGUGCUGUUCCACUCAAAGCCAACAUAGAGCAUAAUUAUGAGCCUAAAGAUCUAUAUACUGGUGCUGAUCCACUCGAAGCCAUAGCGAACUUAAUCAAUGUUCAUACAAGUCAUUUGAAAAUGGCUCAAGCAGAUGCCGGGUUUCAGGGACCCAUGUUAUCUCACAGGACCUCGGAGCUUCAAGACAGUCAAGAAUCGAAAAUAAUGGAAUUAUUGGAACUAGAAGUAAACGACGUACGAAUUGUUGGAAUCCAUGGGAGAGAUGGAAUUGGAAAGACUGCUCUUGCCAAGAUUGUAUAUGACCGAAUAUCCCUUCGCUUUGACACUUGCAGUUUUCUUGCGGAGAUUGAAGAAACAACGAAGCAACCUGGUGGUGUUCAGUAUCUUCAAACCAAGUUGAUCUGUGAUAUUUUGAAAAGAGAGUUUGAGGUUGCUUUUGCUUUCAAAGAAGUACGAUUUUUGAAAGAAAUAUUUAGGAAUAUGAAAAUUCUCAUUGUUCUCGAUGACGUGGAAAGGGGGUACCUCCUCGAGGAGUUUGUAGGACCCGAGCUUGAUUGGUUUGGUUCUGGAAGCAGGAUAAUUGUCACCUCAAAAGAAAGAAGCGGUCUUCAAGGGUUUGUUGAUCGAGGUUUGGCUCGUACUUAUGAUGUUAUUCCGAUGCAUCAUGAUCUAGCUUUUGACUUUUUCUGGCACUGUGCAAUCGGAAAGAGAGAUAAACUACAUUUUUAUGUUGAUAUUGCAAACAAAAUAGUCAAGGCUGCGAAGGGACUUCCACUACUUCUCAAAGUUUUUGGUUCUUUUUUGCACGAUAGAGGAGUAGAUGAUUGGAUUGAAUUCGAAUAUCUCAUACAAAAAUUUCAGGAAGAUUACCAGAAGAUUCUGCGCAUAAUUUAUGAUGCAUCAGAUCGAAAGCGAAAGCAGAUGUAUCUUGAUAUUGCAUGUUUUCCUCCGGAGGUGGAUUGUAGGAUUGCCUCGUAUAUGUGGCAUCCUUAUGAUCGUCCUGAAAUCGAGGUCCUUCAUCAUAUGUCCCUAAUACAAAUCGAAGAAAAUAAAAUAGGCAUGCACGGUAUGCUAAGGUGCCUUGCCAGGGAGAUUAUCCGCAAAGGUUUCCGUGAUCCAGGAACAGGGGUUGUAUUGUACAUUCCUGCCAUAGCCCAGGACACGAACAAGGGGAGAAAGGGAACAGACCACCUUAACACUGAAGAGGCAGGCUUUGAGAUCCUGCCAAACACGACAUUUCUCAACUUGGGUCAUCCCAAUAUCGGUGGAAAAUAUGCAGAUACCUUAUUGAACGUUCGGUGGCUUCAUUGGCAAGGGUGCCCUCGAGAUGCAAUUAGCUUUCAUUUAGAAAAAAAUGAGAACCUGGUUAUUCUUGAUCUUUCGUGGAGUAAGGUUACAGAAUCCUGGGGAGGUUGGAAAAGAAUUAAGAUGAAGUGUUUGAAAGUCUUGAAUCUUACAGGUUGUGGGGACUUAUUAGUUAGCCCCAGCUUCUCCUGUUGCCCAAAUGUGGAGAUACUGAUUCUUGAGCGAUGUUCUCGAUUGGUUCAUUUAGAUCCUUCAAUUAAUGAUCUAAAGCUUUUGGUUACCCUGAAUUUAAAGUUCUGCACCGAACUUAGCAUUUUGCCAGUGGAAAUGGGUGAGAUGAAUGCUUUGGAAGAGCUCCUGAUUGAAGGCACUUCCGUGCGAGAACUUCCUGUGUCGAUAGGCAAAUUGGUUCAACUGCAAAUUCUUAGUGCCGCUAAUUGCUUCUCAUUGGUUCAUGUUCCUGGUUCAGUUUAUAAACUUAAAGCUCUUUCAGUGCUAGCCUUGGAUAACGCGAAAAUUCUUGAACUACACGAGUCAAUUGGACACUUGAGGAAACUUAGAAGCUUGUCUUUGAGGAAUUGUCGUGGGCUAGGAAAGCUUCCGGAAUCCAUUGGCAAAAUGCGAUUCUUAGUAGAGUUGGAUAUUUCGAGUACAGGUAUUUCAAGAUUGCCCAAUUCAAUUAAAAACCUUUGGAGAUUGAAAGUGCUGAAAAUGGAUUCUUGUUUUGUAAGAGAAUUUCCUCGCGACAUUGGAUGGUUGACAGACCUGGAAGAAGUACAUGCCUCCUGGUGCAGGAGUUUGGGGGGAGUCAUUCCGAGUAAUAUUUGGGAACUACAUCGUCUCAGAGAAUUGAGGCUUCGAGGUACUCGUAUAUCCAGCCUUCCAUCAGAAAUCUAUUGGCUGUCAAGUCUUAAGACUUUGGAUUUGCUACACUGCGUCAAUAUCAAAGAGUUGCCUAGGCUUCCCUCUAGCUUAAUUCAUCUAUAUGUAAAUCCCAGCUUGACGCGAUAUGUGUAAGAAUCUUCAAUUCUGCCAUCGGUUGCAUUCAUCGUGAUAAAUAAUACAUUGCAGAUUGGAUUGGAUGGUCGAGAGUGUUGUCAUUUAUCGUGAUAAGUACGGUUAAUUACAUUACAACCCCGGCAAUUCCAGAGUUGUGUCAACGU